AUGUUCUUGACUUUCCAACUUGUGGAGGGGAUCCUUGUUGAGGUCCCUCCUGAGGGUGCCAUGGCCCCUCCUCCCCGUCCUCCCCCUCGUCCUCGACCUCUCACUGCUGCCGCCGCCGCUACUGCCGCCGCCGUCGCCCUCGCUGCUGUGGGCCCCGCGGAUACCUGGCGUGCACCCCGCCAGGACGCCGUGGGUUUAAGCCCACGCACGGACCUGAAGGAGUGCUCGAAGUGCGGGCACUUCCUCGACCUGACGCACUUCGUCCACGCGGUCCGCAGCAGCCUGGUGACGGAGCAGUGUGAUAACUGCCGGGCUAUCUCAAACAGAGCCCACGCCGCCCACCCUCCUGCCCACCGCCGCCGCUAA